AUGCGUUCUUGGUCAAUUGAAAUAUUUCUAUUAGAUGAAUCUGGAAAACAAAUCCCAGCCACAAUAUUCGAUAAAGUCACAUACCAUUUACAUCCAACUUUCCAAAAUCCAACUCGUAUUUUCAAGAAAGCUCCUUUCAAGAUUGAAGAAGAAGGUUGGGGUGAAUUUGAACUGGGUUUAACUUUAACUUUACUUGAUAAGAGUGGUGAUAGAAAAUUAGGUCAUGAUUUGAAUUUCUUACAAAAUAAAUAUGAAGUUGAUCAUACCAUAAGUAUUCCAAUUCAAAAAUCUGCAAAUUUAAGAUCUAUAUUAGCUGAAAGUGGACCAGUUCCAGAAAUUGAUGAAACUAUUGGUGAUAAACGUAAACAAAACAAUGCUUCUGAUUCUAAAUCUAAAAGAUCAAAAUUAGGUUCAAGUACCAUGACAGGUGCUGUUAAAGGUAGUGUAGAUUUAGAAAAAUUAGCUGAAGGUUUAACUAAAUUAAGUGAAGAUGAUUUGUUAGGUGUUGUUCAAAUGGUUACUGAUAACCGUACACCAGAAAUGAAUAUUAAAAAUGAUGUUGAAGAAGGUGAAUUUACAAUGGAUCUUUACUCUUUACCUGAUAGUUUAUUGAAAAGUUUAUCAGAAUACGUUAAAAAGCGUAUUGAAUAA